AUGGAAUCAGUUAAGUGUAUGAUAUGUUCAAAUCCUAUGAAUACUUCUGAACCAUUAGUUUCCACUAAAUGUCAUCAUACUUUUCAUCAGAAUUGUAUGUCCAAAUAUAUUGAAACGACACCAUUUUGUCCAACAUGUAAAAACUCGGUUAACAAUUCUUCACUUAUUCAAUUUACAUUACCAUCGGGUUCAUCUACCCCUCAAGGUGCUAUACCUAAAAGAAUUACUCGAAAAACUCGACCCUCAAAUAGAAAUGUUCAGGUUAAUGAAAAUGUAAAUGUUUCUAGUCUAGAACAACUUUUAGAAAAUCGUACAGUUGUAGAAAACUUGAAUCAGAAUGAAUUUACAAAGUUAUAUGAAAUUAUUGAAAAAUUAUCACAGAAAUUGGAAAGACUUGAAAUGAAUGUAAAUUCUGAACCACAAUUUCCCAGAGAAUUAUUUCCUCCAACAACUUAUCGUACCUCUAUAGCCUCAAAUCCUCCAUAG